AUGGGUAUCUCCGGGGAUGUGCUUCCUGAUGCGAAUGCCCCGAUGGUUUUUGAUGCUCUCCGAGACGCCGGAAUUCCAGUUAAUCAAAGCAUAGACCCCCGAGGAUCGCACGCACGGGAUGUUGGACCAGAGUAUGGCACCAUAUUUCAUCAGUGGCAAUUGGACCGACAGCUUAUGGAUCGGCUGUACAAUGCUGGUUUCGUGGAUGUCGAUACGUUUAAUUCCGCUGGAUAUACUCCCUUGAUGAUCAACCCUUUCUACGUGACUGCCGACGCGCUACUUCAACGGGCAGGCUGGCUGGUGUCCAAGGGUGCUGAGAUGACCAAAUGUGUACCUGGCACCUCGAUAUCCGCCAUCCACCUUAGAACCUUUCGGGUCAUACGGAACACCCGAGACGGCAGAGACAGUGAUACGGCUCGCGACAUUUACAGAUUUGGACCUUACACACACGUGUUGCAGGAAGGCGUAUAUGCUACGUCCAAGCCAAUGUUUGUUGAAGCCAUUUGA